AUGAGGACUGUUCUUGUGUGGUUUGCGAUUGUAGGAAUUUUGGUGGCUAGCUUUAUCAACAUUGCUGCUGCCGAUGAAGAGCAACAGUCAGAGGUGACUAAUAAUGACAGAGAUGAGGAAGAGGAAGAUGUAUCAGAUGAAGAUGAAGGCGAAGAUGAAGGCGAGGACAAUGAAGAGGAAGAUGUUGAUGAAGACUAUGGCACCGCAUAUGCAAAAAAAGGUGAUUAUAAUGUCGACGAAGGUGUGGAUGAAGGUGUCGACUAUGAAGAUGUAAAUGAAGAAGGGAGAGGUCCCGAAGAAGCAGAUGAAGAUACCGAUUAUGUGCAUGAAGGUGUCGAGGGUGAAGACGAAGGUGUUGAAGAUGAAAAUGAAUACCCCAAAGGUGUAGACGAAGGUGUUGACAAUGAAGCUGGACCCAUGGAAAAGAAGGAAGAACAAGGAGAUGAGUACGAGGAUGAGUAUGAGGAUGAAGACAGGGAUGAGGACGAGGGCGAGGACGAGGAAGAGGAAAAGAAAGCUUACGAAGGUGAUGAGGAGGAUGAAGAAGAUGAAGGGGAACCUGAUGACUAUGAUGGCGAAGAACUAGAGGAGGAAGAACCGGAGCCUUAA